AGCCAUUUGUUUUUGGGUCGGAAAGACGCUUUCAUCGCAAGCGUAUUACGUCAAGCGUAUCACUUGGAUGAGGAAGAAUGGAAAAUGCAGACUCUGGACACAAAGACAGUAGGAAAAAUACAAGUUAUAUGAAUACAUUAUUGAUGUUGACGAAUAGAGAACGAUAUGGUCAACACAAGCAACAUCACGCUUCAUAUAAGAUCCUUCGAUCUCUCAUCUGUGGGGGUAAUUAUUCCUACAAAAAAGUAUGGCAGAAGAAUUCAGACAAACGAAUUUCAUGUGAAGGAGGAAAAAUAUACUUAGAAAACUUUCGGAUCUGGUAUGGAGGGUAUAAUCUAAAGAAUGAGCCACAGUGUUUACAAGUUAAUCAACCUCGCAGCCCCAACAGAAAAAUAGAAGAUGCUCUUGUAGCUUGUAUACACUCGGAGUGCCUUCCCCUUCCAAACAACGGCCAUAAGUUCAGUUUAUACUGCCUUGAAAAAAAGUGGUUGUUACGGUUUGUUUUGGAUAAAAAGCGAGAGUCACCAGUAGAGUCUGUUUUCCUUUCUCAAACUCACAAGUUCAGUGAUAUUUCCUGGAAUGAACCUAAUAAAUCCCUGGUACUACGUUCAACACACAAUUCACGUCCCAAUCAACAUGUCAGACAGGCUGGUGCUCCUGUCCCCAUAGUGAGACUGCUGGCAGUAUUCGAGGUGUGCCCACUGAAGUUUGUAGGCAUGAUAAAGAUAACUGAAGAAGUGUUUGGUAAAGAUGUGGUAAAUGCAGUGAUCUCCCAGGGCCUCCUAAUCACCAUGCAUCAGUCAGGAUGGAUCAGGAUGUACAGUUUUGAUCAGAUUGUAGAAAAGUAUCGCAAGUUUGAAGCCAAGCUCUACGAGGAAUUUGAUACGGAAGGAAACAUUUGUGGUGACCUGCCUUUAGGUCUGCCUUGUAACAUACAUAUUACAGAAUGUCCGCCUGUCCUGUUUGAGGUCAGAUGUGCCCAACACAUUGUAGAUGUUGGUGGCUUCCCCUGGCACUACCUCAUCUCUCCACUGAGUCAGAGCUGCUUCCGUGUCUGUAACCUCUCCAACGGACAACUGGCUAAAAAUGGCAUUUUGUCGAUGGAUGUUACCAACUUAGAUACAGACAAGGCCAACUUCUUUGGAGACGAUUCAGGAAGAAUACUUUUUGUAGGAGCUACCGAUGUUAGACUUUUAAAGAUAUCUAGUGAUGAUGCAGGCUGUAAAAUUGAUCAGGACUUCUCCAUUGACCUAUCAAGGAAUACCAAAAUGAAUGAAGUUAUGUAUACGUCUUCUGGGCGUAAUGUUAGACGUCGGGUGUCCACAACUGAGGUCCAGGAUACUUCAGAAAUGACAAUACACAAUGUUGACUAUGAGGAUGAUCUGGAUUUGCUGUACACCAGCGCUGUGUACCACGACCCUGAGGGAACAUAUAACAUACUGAACCUCUACCACAACACCACAGGGGCCUUACUACGGGCAAUACGCCUCGAGGAACCCUGGCAAGAGGUUUACGAGCAUCGUGUCCACCUAGAUUUAGAUACUAUAAUUAAAGUAGUGAAGCCUUCCCCUGGACGGUACUCUUGUGUCAUGUAUAGACUCUGCUCAAACAUAGAGGAGACUGAAAAAUCGCACAAAUCAAACUCCAAACAGCAGAAACCUGAUCGCAGGAGAAGGUCAAGGCGGUGACCUAUGUGGACGAUGAGGACACAAAAUAUCACCAAACAUCAGGAAACUCACAAAAAAUGGAGGUCAAGGUCAUGACUUACUAUUUGUACUGUGAGUUAGGAUGCAAAAUACCUCCAAAACUCAACUUGCAGCAGACAGAGGUCAAGGUUAUGACUUACUGUAUGUAUAUGGUCAGUUAAGAUGCAAAAUACCUCCAAAACUCAACUUACAGCAGACAGAGGUCAAGGUUACAAUGUACAUGUACUAUGUACUGUCUUUAGGGAGGCAAAAUAUCUCCGAACCUCAGCAAACUUGUCUCAUGAGGUCAAGGUCACAACUUACUAUGUACUGUCAACGGGGUGGCAAAUCAUAUUUAGCGACCUUGCUGCAGGAGAAGGUCAAGUUCAUGACUCACUGUGUACUGUCUAAAGGGAGGCAAAAUAUUUCCAAACCUCAGCAAACUAGCAGCAGAAGGAGGUCAAGGUCACUUACUUAGUACUGUCAUGUACUGGGGAUGGGGAGGUAAAAUAUGUCCAUACCUCAGCAACUGGCAGGAGGAGGUCAAGACAAAAACAUAGUAUGUACUGUCGGUGUGUAACCUCCAAACCUCAGCAAACUCGCAGGAGGGUCAAGGUUUUGUAUUACUGGUACUGCAUAUUGUUGACAGGAGAGGUCAAGGUGAUGACAUACCUCACAUUGUUGAUAGGGGAGAUAAUUACUGACCAAAGGGAGAUAACUCAUUUAAGACUAUUAUCAGGAAGAUAACACAUUUCAUAUCACAUGUAUCGACAGGGAAAUUUAUCAUCAUUGUUUGCAGGGAGAACAAAUGCAUUUAUUUUAAUGCUGUAGACAUGUCAGCAGCUAUAUAAUCUUUUUGUAUUUUCUGUUAAGGACAGAAUUUGACAGAAUUUCCCAUUCUCCAAUGUGUUUUAUUGUGUUAAGACGAUCUUAACGGUCAUAAUACUGUUCAUUGAAGAAUUUAACAAGUUUUUGAUAACAGUCCUUUGUUUUAUAAAAAUUUUACAUU